AUUGACUUGACGGACUGAACUCAACGGUCAUCCGCUGGGCACUCGUUCAUUCUUCGUCCUACGACGCGUCCAGGAUUGUGCCUAAAUUGGGCACUGCUUAUAGCCCCAGCAACUCAGAUCAGCAGUCAUCAAGGCAACAAGUCCAUUGAUUCACUCGCCCAGCCGUAUCCAUAGCGCCUUCGAAUAGAGCGGACCACAGCUGCCCAAAGCCACUUCGAUGUCGUUUGAUCCGAGGGAGGUGGACAUGUUUGUUCAGUUCUUCCACAACUUCAGGCGUCCGACUGAGCUGGUGGCGUUCUACAAUGGCGAGGUAGCCUCCAUGGAGUUGAGGAAUGCCACCACUGUUUGCGUGGAUUACAAUGAUGUUAAAUGUCACAAUUUGGAAGCUGCAUCACUCCUCUCCUUCCAAGACUUGCAAAGUUCAGAACAGUUGGUUCUAGAGGCUUUCAACAUGUUUCUACGGGUAGAUAGUCCUGUCCAUGGAAAUGUAACCAGCAUUCAGUUUUACAACCACCCUGGCAGGCACGAGAGUCUGGACGAUUUCCUCAGUACGAACCCUCCUGUUGAAGCGUUUGAGCUGCCUGAUAGUAUCACUACAGCAGUUUGUACUCCGGCGGGGAGGAUGGUGUUGCAAGGUUUUAUUCACUGCCUUGUCGAAGGCCACGCAAAAGGAAAUAGCUGGGGAGGCUCAUUCGAGGCCUCUCACCUGGUUAUUGUCAAUCUUGACAACUGCCGUCAAGAGUGCCGCAUCUUGGAACAGCCAACAGCAGCAGGACCUGUAAACCUUGCGACAAUGCAAGUGGACUUUAAGAAGCUCGCUCAGAUUCUUCUGCCCAAGUUCAGAGUCAUGCUAACAACCCGCACAGAUACCGAGCCAGCAUUCUUCGAGGACCUAGGCCGCGACAUGCGCAUGCUCAAUAUUCCAGCGACCAUACCUUCUUCAGUUCAUUACAACUCCAAAUUCACCAAGUUCAUAUGCCGUCACAUGGCUUUUUUGCCCUCUUUGAGCAGAUCCAAUAUGAUAGUCAAUCUUAUCAGGGUCUAUAAGGUACUUUCUGUUAACGAAAGGAAUAUAUUUACGGUUUCUGUAGACAGAGCGAAGCGAGGACUCAAUGACUGGAGAACCGACGCAAGGUUCUAUGAACUACUGAAGAAAGUGUAUGAUGGUAAAUUGGGUCGAGCACCUUAUGGUAAUAAUGGCAUGGACUUGCUCUUGUUCCAGCGUCACUUUGUAGUGCAUGCUGGUGAUCAUCUCAAGCUUUCAGACGGAAACCGCUCGAUCGAGACGCUUGAGGCGAUAGAUUACUAUUUGGCACAUCAUUAUGACCAAUUCUUGUCGAAGGUGGUACACCGCCUGAUCAUUGAUCUUGAUAUUGGAAAACUGUUGGAGAAGGUUUGGGAGAAUUUGCAUCCAGGUUAUCAUGAGCCUACCUCCAUAAGUGUCAACGCAGAAUUAGCACCAUAAUGUAUAGUAUAUCGAACUAGUCUUCUUAAGCUAAGGAUAAUUACCUAGUUUGUUUGGUAGUCCGCCACACAACUCUAUCUUGCAUUGUAUAUUUCCUUGGCUAUGUCUAGCAGGGUGGAUGGUAGGAAGUUUGUUUGUGUUAUUUGUGCUCUGUUGGUUGAGAUGUUCAGUUCACCAACCUGUAAUGUGAAGACAUUUUUUGUUAGGUGGAUGUAAGUUGCAUUUCGGUUGUUGGUAAUUCUAGGAUUUUGGUGGAACAUCGAACUUUGAGCAUUCGAUCUGAAAUCCUGAUGUAUUAUACUAAUCAAUUAGAGAUUCUCCAAAAAAAUCCAUGUUAAUCCGAGAGAAAAAAAACUAGCCACAUACUUCACUGCUUCUUCCACCUCUCCGGCCUCCCUCCUCCUUCUCCCGCCGCAUCUUUCCCUCCUCGCUCUCCUCUGCGGGCGCGCUGAGGUCUGCUCCUCUGUCCCCGACUGCGAGCACGGACGUCUGUACCUCCCCGACCUCUAGUUGCUGCUUGCCCGAUCCCGCCCUGCCGCCAGUGAGCUAACCUCGCCGCCCUGGUAAGCCUCCUCGCCCCAUCUCCCCUCCCCUCUCUCCCACGCGUCUCAGGUCCCCAUCCCUAACCCUAAUCAGCCGCUUCAGGCAGCAGCAGAUCGAGGUCGUCCCCUGCCGGAUCGACCUGCGACCUUCUCCCACCUCCCUACCUCCCCUCCUGGGCCUUUCUUCUACAUCGUUGAGAUCUUGACCAAGGUAUGUUUGCGUAUUCACGUCUCUCCCUGUCCUCGUGAUGCAUUUGGCUUUAACGAGAGGUGUGCUGCUCACUCUGAUUUUUCAGACUGAUGAUGCUUUUAUGCUUCUGUUUUUUUAUGAAUCGUGGACUAUUCUCCAGCUUAGGAUACUUGAUUUGGGUGUAUUAAUAGCGAUGUUUAGCUGUUUGCUAAUGCUGUCUGUUAAUCUUGCUUAAAGGUCUGUUGAUAUUGCUUAAAGGAUGAUCUGGUAAUUUAUUUUGAUAACAAAUUUCACUUCAUGAUAAUGUUUAGCUGCCUUGUAGAGUAAAGAGACAAUUAUUUGCAUUUUGCUAGAUCUUGUUCUAGAUGUUGUAUGCGUCUAGUUUUGAUGAGAACGUUUGCCUGUUGUCUUGCUUGCCUUGAAAUUAUGUGGAAUUUCUUGCAGUAGCGAAACCUUGUGAAUUCUGUUUAGAAACUCUAGGCCUACUGAUUCUAUUGCCUACAUUUAUCAGCAGUAGGGAAACCUCUGGAGGGGAAAGUUCGGUUUGCUGUUCAUUUAUCUGGUGAUUUGGUUGGCGUUAGUAGUGUCCGCCUCAGGAGGAGGUAGUAUAAACAUUAGAUGUGUACUCAUUUAGAAUUACUCAUUUAGAAAGUUACAUGUACUCAUUGGCAAAACUAUGAGAAUUCUGUUAUCCAUGAACUUUAUUCACUUAUCUGGUGAUUUAUCUGCGUUCAUGAAUAGUUA